UUAUGAACAAUCAAUAAAUUCAAAGUCCUCAAAUUUUCAAUACUCACUAUCUGAGAACAGAUUAUAAGGGAAAAACAUAACCUUUAAUUGUCAAUUUAAAUUAAUCUAGAUAAAGUUCAAAGGCACUUUCUGUGGAUAGGGGUAAACGAUUCAUAAAAAUUAGUCUUUUUUAGUAAAACUUAAGUAAGCAAAUGAGAAUGUGGAGUAACUUAUAGAUCUAUGGCAAAGACAUAAAUCGAUAACACAAUGCACUCCAACUCAUAUAUCAUAAUCAUUUCAUUAUCAUUCUACUACAUAGAAAAAUGAGAGUUUUGUGAUUGGUAUAUAUUUAUAUAAUUAAAUCUUAGAGGAAAUACCAGAAACAAGAGAAGUAAGUCCAUUGAAACCAGAAGAAAUAAUAAUAAAACCUAGAUAAUUAUUUGAGAUUAAUUAAUCAACAUCUAAGUUACCUUAAACUAAUCAAUAAUACUAAACUCACAAGAAAACAAGUUCUUUAUAUGUUGGUGCUUUAUCAAGUAGAAAUAUAUAUCAAUUAAAUAUUUAGAGAGUGAUGCUUUUUCAGGUACUAAAAAGGUAGCUAAAGAAAAUAUCAAAAUAUCAAAUAAUGGAGUAUCUAGCAAUAAAAAAUCAUAAUUUAAUUCAUCUUCUAAAAAAUUACCUAAAGAGCUUUAAUCUAUAAUUUUAUCAUUAUAAUCAAUUUAAAAGUCUUUAAUACCUUAUUAUUAAAAAUAAGAUAAAGGUAAGAAAACAGAAAUAGAUGAAUAAUUUAAUAUUUUGAUAAAUCAAAUCAAGAGCGAUUUCACAAAAUGA